AUGGCUGGAGCAGGUGGUGGUGGUGACGAGUACCAUCAGUUGGACGGCGCUCAAGAUGGGAAUAGAGGUAACAAUGGCGGUAAUGACGGACCGAGGCAGAACCGGGUUGAGGGAGUAAAGCUCAAUGUUCCUCCCUUCAAAGGUAGAAGUGAUCCAGAUGCCUACCUGGACUGGGAAAUGAAGACUGAGCACGUAUUUGUCUGCAAUGACUACACUGAUGCGCAGAAAGUCAAGCUAGCAGCAGCUGAAUUCUCCGACUAUGCCCUUGUUUGGUGGCAUAAAUACCAAAGAGAAAUGUUGAGAGAGGAACGGCGAGAGGUAGAUACAUGGACUGAGAUGAAAAGGGUGAUGAGAAAAAGGUAUGUGCCCACUAGCUAUAACAGAACCAUGCGACAGAAACUCCAAGGGCUGUCCCAAGGGAAUUUAACCGUGGAAGAAUAUUAUAAAGAGAUGGAAAUGGCGUUAGUGAGGGCCAACAUCGAAGAGGACUCCGAAGACACAAUGUCUCGUUUCCUGAAUGGUCUAAACCCUGAAAUCAGAGAUGUUGUUGAAUUACAGGAGUAUGUGGUGUUGGAUGACUUGUUACAUAGGGCGCUUCGGGUUGAACAGCAAAUUAAAAGAAGAAGUGCAACAAGGAGGAACUCACCCAAUACUUACAACCAAAACUGGGCCAACAGAUCCAAGAAGGAGGGAGGUAAUUCGUUCCGACCUGCAGCCACAUCCCCGUAUGGAAAGUCAGCAACACCCAGUGUAGGUGGAAGCAAACAUAACACCUCCACUUCCUCAUCCAAUACUGGAACCAGAAACAUAAAAUGUUUCAAGUGCUUAGGCAGAGGACAUAUUGCUUCUGAAUGUCCAACCAGGAGGACCAUGAUCAUGAAGGCUGAUGGAGAAAUCACUAGUGAGUCUGAAAUCAGUGAAGAAGAAGUGGAAGAAGAAGAGUAUGAGGAGGAAGCUAUGCAGGGUGAUAUGUUGAUGGUGAGAAGGAUGUUGGGAAAUCAAAUGCAGCCACUGGAUGACAAUCAAAGAGAAAAUAUUUUCCACACCAGAUGUGUAAUUAAUGGUAAGCUAUGCUCUUUAAUUGUUGAUGGAGGAAGCUGUACCAAUGUUGCAAGUUCCACAUUAGUGACCAAACUGAAUUUGGAAACUAAGCCCCAUCCUAGACCAUACAAACUUCAGUGGCUUAGUGAAGAUGAAGAGGUAAAAGUGACUCAACAGGUUGAGGUGUGUCUCACCAUUGGGCGAUAUAAUGACAAGGUGCUGUGUGAUGUGGUCCCAAUGGAAGCGACCCAUGUGCUGUUAGGAAGACCGUGGCAGUAUGAUACCAAGGCAGUGCAUGAUGGCUUCACCAACAAAAUCUCUUUCCAGCAAGCUGACAAGAAGAUUGUUCUCAAACCGUUAUCUCCUCAAGAGGUUUGUGAGGAUCAGAUAAAAAUGAGAGAAAAGAAAAAGAGUGAGACACUUGAGAGGAAGAAGAGUGAGACACUUGAGAAGGAAAAGAGAGGAAAGAAAAAGAGUGAAACACUUGAGAGGGAAAAGAGAGAAAACAAAAAGAGUGAAACACUUGAGGGCAAACAGCUUUAUUUAGCAACAAAAAGGGAGGUGAGGAGGGUGCUUUGUGCGAGACAACCCCUCUAUUUAUUGUUUUCUCAACGUCAGAUGUUGCAUGCUAACCCAAUUGAUGAAUUUAAAUUGCCUUCUAGUAUUCAAUCUCUUCUGCAGGAUUUUGAUGAUGUGUUUCCAGCAAGUGUACCAGAUGGUUUGCCACCAUUGAGGGGAAUUGAGCAUCACAUUGAUCUCAUUCCCGGAGCGUCCUUGCCCAAUCGGCCAGCUUAUAGGAGCAACCCACAAGAAACUAAGGAGAUCGAAAGGCAAGUAUCCGAACUCCUGAGCAAAGGUUGGGUGAGAGAUAGUAUGAGUCCGUGCGCUGUACCUGUCAUUCUAGUACCCAAGAAGGACGGCUCAUGGAGGAUGUGUUCUGAUUGUAGAGCCAUAAACAACAUCACCAUCAAGUAUAGGCACCCAAUCCCCAGGUUAGAUGAUCUUCUUGAUGAACUGUAUGGUGCAUGUGUGUUUUCUAAAAUUGAUUUGAAAAGUGGCUAUAAUCAGAUUAGAAUCAGAGAGGGAGAUGAAUGGAAAACUGCCUUUAAAACAAAAUAUGGUUUGUAUGAGUGGAUGGUUAUGCCAUUUGGUUUGACUAAUGCACCUAGUACUUUCAUGAGAUUGAUGAACCAUGUUUUAAGGGAAUUUAUUGGGAAAUUUGUGGUGGUGUACUUUGAUGAUAUUCUUAUCUAUAGCACUAGUCUUGAUUUGCAUGUUCAACAUUUGCAAUCUGUUUUAAGUGUGCUUAGGAAAGAAAAAUUGUAUGCCAACCUAGAAAAGUGCUCCUUUUGUACUGAUCAUGUGGUGUUUCUGGGUUUUGUUGUUAGUGCUGAGGGAGUACGGGUGGAUGUGGAAAAGGUUAAGGCCAUCCAAGAAUGGCCAACACCUAAGACCCUGAGUGAGGUGAGGGGAUUUCAUGGUUUAGCAAGUUUCUAUAGGAGAUUUGUUAAGGAUUUUAGUACAUUGGCUGCUCCUCUAACUGAAGUUGUUAAGAAGAAUGUGGGUUUCAAAUGGGGUAAGAAACAAGAAGAGGCCUUUGCUGCCCUCAAACAUAGGUUAACUAAUGCACCCAUUCUUGCUAUGCCUAAUUUUGCAAAAUCAUUUGAAAUUGAGUGUGAUGCGUCAAAUGUGGGCAUUGGGGCUGUUUUAUUGCAAGAGGGACAUCCGAUAGCUUAUUUUAGUGAAAAGUUAGGAGCCGCUGCCCUUAACUAUUCAACUUAUGAUAAGGAAUUGUAUGCUUUGGUUAGGGCUUUACAAAUUUGGCAGCAUUACCUAUUACCCAAAGAGUUUGUCAUCCAUAGUGAUCACGAGUCCUUAAAAUACUUAAAAGGCCAAGGAAAGCUUAAUAAGAGGCAUGCUAAGUGGGUAGAGUUUUUAGAGCAAUUUCCAUAUGUCAUCAAACAUAAAAAGGGGAAAGGGAAUGUAGUGGCUGAUGCACUGUCUAGGAGACAUGCUUUACUUGCUAUGCUUGAAACUAAACUGUUUGGUCUCGAGUCUUUGAAAGACAUGUAUGUGCAUGAUGUGGACUUUGCUGAAAUUUUUGCUGCAUGUCAAAAGUUUUCUGAAAAUGGUUACUAUAGGCAUAAUGGAUUCUUGUUUAAAGCAAAUAAAUUGUGUGUGCCUAAGUGUUCCAUUAGAGAGUUGCUUGUGAGUGAAUCACAUGAGGGGGGGUUGAUGGGACACUUUGGGGUUCAAAAGACCCUGGAAAUUCUGCAAGAGCAUUUCUUUUGGCCUCAUAUGAGGCGUGAUGUGCAUAAGUUUUGUGGUCAUUGCAUUGUGUGUAAACAAGCUAAAUCUAAGGUUAAACCUCAUGGACUGUAUACUCCUUUGCCUGUUCCUGAAUAUCCUUGGACUGACAUAUCUAUGGACUUUGUUUUGGGGCUGCCCAAAACCAAGAAUGGAAAGGAUUCUGUGUUUGUUGUUGUU